AUAUCAGAUUCAAAUUGUAAGAUCUUAGCUUGUUCAGCCAGAUAUCCUGGCUCAACCCAUGAUGCUGCAAUUUGGAAUACUAGUACCAUAAGAGCCCAUUUAAUGAGAAAUUAUGAACGAGGAGACAAUUCAACACGAUUAAUAGGAGAUAGUGGAUAUCCCUUAGAACCUUGGCUCUUUACUCCCUUCAUAAAUCCUCAGAUUGAAUCAGAGGAACUAUUUAAUAAUUUAUUGACAUCUACUAGAAACGUUAUUGAACGAACAAAUGGUAUUUUAAAGGGCAGAUUUCGAUGUCUAUCUAGACAUCGAACUCUAAUAUACCAUCCAAUUAAGGCAGCAAAUAUAAUUUACACAUGUUGUGUUCUACAUAAUAUUGCAAUUGAAGCAAAUUUAGAUCUUCCAGAAAAUGAAAUAGAAUAUGAUGAAGUUAAUGAUAAUUUUCCACAAGAAGAUGCAAUAGUAGGUGCUGGUCAAUUAUUGGAUCUU